AUGAUCAAUGUUCUGAAUGAUAGUCGAAUUGACAUCUACACCAUAAACAUUACAUCCAAAGAACUGAUUGUUUCUACGAGAAUUGACAAACAAGUCUAUCAAAUCGAGUCAUUAAAUCUAUUCGAUUUCCUCAUUUACAACUCUGCUCUCUACUUCCUAUCAAAAGAACUCGGCUUGUGUUUAAUUAAGAAUUACAUCAAUCAAUACUGUUGGAAUAUGAAUGAUAUCUUCGAUGUCUUCAGUGUGUACAUUGAACAAAAUGGAUAUCAUAGUGUACUCUUGGGCUCUACCAUUACCUUAGACAUCUUCAAAGUGAACUUGUUUGAUGAUUAAACCUACAAAAUCAUUCAGAUGUACAAACUAUAAAAAAACAUGACUUUUUCUAAAAUAUUCCACAAUGAUAAAUACAGUUUUAUCAUAGGAACCAAAAAUAAUAACACUAAGAAGUAUUUUAUGGAUAUCUACUCUCAGAUGGAUGAUUAAACAUCCAAUCUAUAUAAAACUAUUGAAAUCACAUCCUAAAACGAACUCUUCUAUUUCGAUAGUCUAAACAAUCACGUCUAUGCAAUUAACAACAAGUCCAUCUUCAUCAUAACACCACAAGUUUCAUAUAUAACUAUUGAUGAUGGUUAAUGUUUUGGUGAUGUCAUUGAGAUUUAAGCCUCAUUUCCUUCUCUGGAGAUGGAAUCCCUAUGCAAUUUCACAUUCUAAGUUAAUAAAUUGGAAGAGGGAACCUAAGAUAUUUAUGACAAAUAGGAACUCGAUGCCUCCGUAAUUGUAUUAAAUAAAAGUAUCAAUAAUUUAUACCUGAAUAACUUUGUGAUUGGUCCUAAUGUUGACUAUUACCUAUAUAAUACAUCAUCCACGGAGACAAACAGGAAAUCUAAUGAGGAUGAUUUUGAGAGGAUCAAAUUCAAAGACCAUUUUAGGAUCUCCUAUGCCUAAACGAUGGACAUCUAUUCUAUUAUUUUUAAUCGAGCCUUCAGGAUUGCUGCUGAGAAUCAGUAUAUUCAAAUAGUCUAAUGGAAAGACUUGACUCUACAAAUUUUCAAUUGCGUCAUCUUUGAUAGCGACAAAGAAAUUAAUUGCAACUACAGACAAAGCAUCAAAUAUGCCAAUCCAAUCUUGCAAAUUGUCACAGGGUUGACAUGUUCAACUGAAUGCUUUGUUAUAAGAUAGGAUAAGAGAGCAGAUCUCUAUAUUGAGAAUAAUGCCAGAUUCAUUGCAACCAAUUGUUUCAUCGACUCCCAGUAUAAUAUCUAGACCAUCAAAUUGCACUUAGAGAAAUACUUAGUAGAAUUGGAGAAUAAUAAGAUUCAGAUAUUCUUGCCAGUGUUUAAAUCAUCCAUCACUUGUAGUCUAGAGAAGGUGUUUGAGAUUACUUCGCUUGAAUUAGAGGAUCUUAUAAAUAGUAGCAGAUCCAUCAACAUAUUUAAUGUUAAAACGAAUAUCAACAUUUACAACCUCUACAUUUCCACUAAUUUAGGUUUAAUCGUCAUAGACCCAGGUUUAAAGAGAUUCCAACAAAUCCAAUUAAAUUGCAUUCUGAUCAGAAAUCGGAUCAUUACAUUACAGUACAACUAGAUCAUGAUUAUCAAUUUAGUCUAAUAAAAUUUCUAUUAUAACGAAAAAGUAUUACCUAAAUAUGAUUUCACGAUCACAAACACAACAAAUUCAUAAGUGGCAUUUUCUCAAAACUAUUUUUAUUUAUAAGCAAAGGAUUCCAAUUACUCCGAUGUUAUUAUUGUUUAUAAAGUGGAUGAACCCUAGAUUGCAUCCUUUCAUACAUACUUCUUAAAAACUAACAAUCUUGAUUUUAGUAUUAUAUAAAAUCAGGAUGAUGAAAUAUUUUUGGUUCAACUGUUUGAGGCAUAAAAACUGUAUAGUUCAGUCAUUUUGUAAUUCAAGUCAUCUCAAUCAAAAAUAAUUAAAGUGCUCUUCUAAGGAUUUACAAGUUAUGCAAAGUUAAUGGAUGUAAAUGUCAAUGUGAAAACCGCAGAAAAGCAAUACAACCUUUCAUUGUUAAUCAAUGAAACAUAAACAAUAGUCUACGAGGAUUUAGCUCAAGAUUUCAUCUAUUUGGAUGGAUACAAUGAUUACAUUGAUGGAAGUGUGAGCGAAUGGUCCAUCAAUUGUUAUUCUUGUAAAAAGGAAUUAGAACUUAUCAAUAACAUCAAUUAUGACCAAUAUUUAACAUAAAUUCCUAAUACUACUCAGAUUAAACACACUUAUGAUUAUGUCUUAAUACAGUAAGAAUAGAGUAUUAUCGCUAUUGAUAAUUUUGGUAUGGUCAAAUUUUAUAUCCCAUUGCCUCUGCCUGAAAAAUCGACUAAAUGCACAUCAAUCACUGGCAAUACUUAAGAAACCAAGACCAAAUUAGUAGUUUCAGUAUGCAAUACGACAUCCUCAGCUUAGUUCUACAUUACUUCAUUUAUAGGUUCAUUGCCUGUCCCAAUGGGUCCUUUCUAUUCUCCAUUAGUAAUCAAUCAAAUCACUCAUAUAAGAAUGUUAAAUGAAAUUCUGUUUAUUUUGGAUGUUGUUACUGAAUAUGUUUACAUGUUCAAUCUAACUAUUGAGGAUUACUAUACGGAUAAUUUGAGAGUCAUAAAUUCACUCAAUGCGAGAGAAUUCACAGCUGAUAAAGGUUAGGUCUUUGUUAGUUUCGAUGUAGCCUAUAAUGAUAAUACUUAUCUGCUAUUUUUGCUGACUAAUUCCUCAUAAUUUAUCAUAUACACCUAUCCUUAGGAUGAUGCUUAUACAUCUGAUCUGAUAUCCUUUUUCUAUGAACUAGGAUUCGCAGACAUACCCUCUAACAUAGUGCCACAAUCAUUGAUAGUAGCCGAGGCAGGCCAAAAGGAAAAGAAGUAAUUUUACAGGAUCAUUGUGGCCAAUCAGAAUUUUCAUCACUAUGAAUUAGAAAUAACGAUUGAGUAUUUUAAUAAGGACACUCUUAUUAAUUUAGAAUUCAUUAGAGCUUAUAUGCAAUACGGAUAUUUCUACGCUAAUGGUAAGAUCAGAGUCUCUGAGGAGUCACAGGGAUUCUUCGGAUUGGUGUACUAAAAUCCAUUGGACGAAAAAUAAAAACUAUUGGUUGUGUAUGAUAGGUUUAGUUAAGGUAAGGAAAAGCUGAGAAAGAUACUAGGGGGAUUCAAGAUAUUUUCGAACAACAUUAAAUGUAAUUAUCUGUUAUUUUCAAGACUAUUUGAUUUUCUUCAUUUUAAGAGGAUGAAUGAUGAGUUUUCAUAUGGUAUCAUUUUGUAAGAUGGACCUCUGUUAAGUUCUUUGACUCUUUCUAGAUAUCUGGCAAUAAAGGUUAAAGACAAGGAAUUUCAAACACAAAAUAUGACCUUCAAUGCUUCAAAUGACUUUGGGAAAUGGGUUAGUUUUCAAGCAAAUAUUUAUAAUAGAUCUGGAUAGACUAAGUUACUUUUAAUAAUGGUAUCUUUGGGAGUUGUUGUAUUUAUUGUAGUAUCUUCAUCAUUACUUUAUAUUCGGAACAAAUUAAAUAAGCUUGAAGUAAAACAUUUGGGAGAGAUAGAGGAGGAAGAAGCCAUAGUUAAAGAAGAUCAAUGA